CACACUGCCUCUGAUGGUUUCAGGGGCAUCAUGUGUUUCCGGUUAGUGACCUUGGACAAAGGAUGACUUUUGAACUGAACAAUGUUGAUUCCCCUGUUCCUGUGAAAUUGGGCAGUGUCUCUUCAACAGCUCUCAAGGAAAGACCUCACUCAAAGCUCACAAGGUGUGGAUUAGCAUCGCAUUGCACUCUAGAGCGAGAAGCAACCUGGCCUGAGUCUCUACCUCUGGUGGUGUAGGCAAUGUCAUCUCUUUCAGGAGUUUUCACCUUUUUCAUUUCAGUCUGGAUUAUAAGGGCCAUGACACAGCUGACUCCUGAUUCAAUAGGUGUUGUAACAACGGACUGCAGAAUUACAGGAGUAGCUCUCUUUACUGGAAAAAGUCUCAGUCAACCUCCUUUUGAUUUCUUUGAGGCACAAGAAGUAUGCAAGCAGAUAGGGCUGGUCCUGGCAAAUAAAACCCAUGUUGAAAAUGCUUUGAAGCAUGGCUUUGAAACUUGCAGCUUUGGCUGGGUAGCAGAAGGAUUCGCUGUUAUUUCCCGGAAAACAUCUAACCCAAAAUGUGGUCAGGGCAAAACUGGAGUAGCUGAAUGGAGAUUGAGCCAUAACAGGAAAUCUAAUGCCUACUGUUACAAUUCUUCAGAUAUAUGGGUUAAUUCCUGCAUUCCGGAAGCAAGUACGACUUCACUGCCAGAUGCUUCUACAGAGAUGAACUCCACUUCAGCUGUCUCAUCUCAGGACACUUCAACCAUGGCUACAACAUCUGAGGCAAAGCAAACCAAAAGGCUUCACCCAUUAUUUCGUGUUAUAUGUGUAACAGAAACCAUGUUGCCAACAGAAACAACAAGACAUGAGCAGGAAAUCACACUACCGGCAAACCAAGCAGCCUUUAAAAAUGACGGUGUCGUCUUUGGCGGUGUACCUACUGCUCUCCUGGUUCUGGCACUUAUCUUCUUUGUAGCUACAGUUAUUUUAGCUGUCUGCUAUAUUAAAAAAUACAAGAAAACAUUUCCAUUUUCUGGAAAGGAGGAGAAAAGAGAAGUAAUUGAAACCAAGAACAUCAAAGAUAUAAAGCCAAGUAGUAAAACUCCAGAGCAGGAACCAAAGAAGAAUGGGAAAAAGGCCGAAGAGCUUCAAGCUAAACCUGAACCAUCAGUAAAAUGUAUGGAAGCAGAAGUUUAA